CUCUGGAAGGGAGGCUGGUAAUCUGAGCUUUGGCAUUUUCAUUGUGGCAGAGAUGGAUCCAGAGAGUCCGCAGGGACUGCCCAAAAUUAACAAUUACCUGGAUGGAACCCAAGUGGGGGCCAGAGGUGGGACAUCCCCAGCUGGGAAGCAUUUCAGGGACAGCAAGAGGAAAGUGGACUAUGUCUUAGCCUAUCACUACCGAAAACGUGCCUCUCAGCACCAGCGAAGCAUUGGCUCCCUAGGUCACUUGCACAGACCUUCCCCCUUGGCCAUUAUUUCUAAUGGGGAAAUGGGGAAAAGCCACUCUGAGCAACAGCAAAACCAGGGCCAGAAUGGACCCCAGCAGCAACGUGGGCAGCCAGAGGCUCAGAUGAUCGAGAUGAGCCCACUCGAUGCCCUCGAGGAGGAGAAACGGGAGCAGAGGGAAGAAUAUGAGCGCAACCUGGUGGAAGCCGGACUGGAGUUAGAAAAAGACAUUGAGAAUAAAAGCCAUGGACUGAGCUUUGUGCGGAUACACGCACCUUGGAAUGUGCUUAGUCGAGAAGCAGAAUUUCUUAAAAUAAAAAUGCCCACUAAAAAGAUGUAUGAAAUAAAAGAAGAAGGAGGAAUUCUCAAGAAGCUCUCUGAAAUAUGGCACAAAGCUACAAAGCCUCUGCAGCCCACGGUGCCACAACAAAACAACACGAAGAUGAAAAGUUUGUCUUACCCCUUUUCCAGAGAAAAAAUAUAUUUGUACAACAUUAAAGACAGAGACACAUUUUUCGACAACGCUACUCGCAGUCGAAUAGUACGUGAAAUUUUAAAGCGUACAUCUUGUACAAAGGCUGAAAACAGUAUGGGUAUUACUACGUUAAUAGCAAACAAUGUCUAUGAUGCAGCAUAUCCUCUUCAUGAUGGUGAAUAUGAAGGCCAAAAUGAUGACAUGAAUGAAAGAGAGUUGCUGUAUCGAGAAUGGGCAAGAUAUGGAGCGUUUUACAAGUAUCAGCCUAUUGACCUCAUAAGGAAGUAUUUUGGAGAAAAAAUAGGACUGUAUUUUGCAUGGUUGGGUUUAUAUACAGAAUUUCUUAUUCCAUCUUCAGUAGUUGGGAUUAUAGUGUUUCUUUAUGGAUGUAUAACCAUGGAAAGUGACAUUCCUAGUAAAGAGAUGUGUGACCAAGAGAAAGCGUUCACCAUGUGCCCUCUUUGUGACAAGUCUUGUGACUACUGGAACCUCAGCACUGCAUGUGCCACGGCACGUGCUAGCCACUUGUUUGACAACCCUGCAACAGUCUUCUUCUCCAUUUUCAUGGCUCUCUGGGCUGCCAUGUUUCUUGAACAAUGGAAGCGUUUACAGAUGAGACUAGGUUACUUCUGGGAUCUCACUGGCUUGGAGGAGGAGGAAGAACAUGUAAAGGAACAUCCCAGACCAGAAUAUGAAACCAAAGUGCGACAGAAAAAACUCAAAAAUGAAACUAAUAAAAAGGAUAAGAGGAGGCAUAUUCCAAAAUCAUCUGCAAACACUUGGAAGCUGAGGGUCAGAACAGGGUUACCGGGUCUGAAAUUAGAUGAAAAGGAGAAGUUAACCUGGAGAGACCGUACGCCUGGCUAUCUAGUGAACGUUGCAUCCAUUUUAUUUAUGAUUACACUGACAUUUUCAGCAGUUUUUGGUGUGACCGUGUACCGAAUUACUACAGCAGCCGCAUUGUCCAUCAGCAAAAAUGAGUCAACCAGGUCGAACGUCCGUGUGACCGUGACUGCAACCGCUGUCAUCAUUAACCUGGUUGUGAUCCUUAUAUUAGAUGAGAUUUAUGGAGCUGUUGCCAAAUGGCUUACAGAAAUGGAGGUACCAAAAACAGAGAAGACCUUUGAAGAGAGGCUAAUUUUGAAGGCUUUCCUAUUGAAGUUUGUUAACUCUUAUGCACCAAUUUUUUAUGUUGCCUUUUUUAAAGGAAGGUUUGUUGGCCGACCUGGUAGUUAUGUAUAUGUGUUUGAUGGUUACCGAAUGGAAGAGUGUGCUCCAGGAGGCUGUUUGAUGGAACUCUGUAUUCAGCUGAGCAUCAUUAUGCUUGGAAAGCAACUUAUUCAGAAUAAUCUGUUUGAAAUUGGAAUCCCGAAGUUAAAAAUGCUGUUCAGGAAGCUGAAAGAUGAAAGGACUGAGAAAAAGGAAAGUGACUCCAACCACUCAAAGCACCCUCAGCAAUGGGAUCUCGAUUACAUGUUGGAACCUUUCACUGGACUGACUCCAGAAUACAUGGAAAUGAUUAUCCAGUUUGGCUUUGUCACGCUCUUCGUUGCCUCCUUCCCUUUGGCUCCGGUGUUUGCCCUUCUCAACAAUGUCAUAGAAGUUCGGCUGGAUGCAAAAAAGUUUGUUUCUGAGUUAAGGAGGCCAGAUACAGUGAGAGAAAAAGAUAUCGGAAUUUGGUAUAACAUUCUGAGUGGUAUUGGAAAGUUUUCAGUUAUCAUUAAUGCUUUUGUAAUCUCUGUCACAUCUGAUUUCAUUCCACGCCUUGUGUAUCAAUAUGCAUACAGUCAAAAUGGAACUAUGCAUGGAUUCAUCAAUCACACCCUCUCAUACUUCAAUGUUAGUCAUCUCAAAUCUGGAACACAGCCAGACAACUCACAGUUCGAACAUGAAGUUAUAUUCUGCAGGUACAAGGAUUACAGAGAACCACCUUGGUCCCCAAAUCAGUAUGAAUUUUCUAAGCAGUACUGGUCAGUUUUAUCUGCUCGUUUGGCUUUUGUUAUUCUAUUUCAGAACCUGGUCAUGUUCCUCAGCGCGCUGGUUGACUGGAUGAUUCCUGACAUUCCCAAGGACAUCAGCGAACAAAUCAAAAAGGAGAAGAGUAUGCUUGUUGAUUUCUUCCUGAAGGAAGAGCAUGAGAAGCUGAAACUGAUCGAAAGUUUUAUCAUGCGUGACAAGCACAGAAACAAAGGCGAGACAAAGGGCCGAAGGAACCGAGCGGCAAGCUUCUGCCAGUUUAGCCGGAGUCAGCGAGGCAGCUUUACAUCCUUUAGCUCACAGCACACAGAAGUAUGACUCCUUAGGGGGAGGAAAUGUACCAUGGAACAUGUGCGAUACCUGUAUACUUACUGUGUGAUGUGAUCCUGAAACUGGAGGGAGGGAGGGACCGAUAGGCAGGGAGAGUGGAGGAGGGAGUCUGUCACUUCUCAAGAAACUUCAGGUGUAAGUUUCUCUAUAACAUUUUAUACACUAUCCGGGCUGCAGCACUUUCAGAGUUAUUCAGUGCAAAUUAAAGAGCCGGGUUAUGGCUGCGGCUGGCCCUUGCACAGAAGCAUGGGAAAUGGGGAGGGCAGAGUACAGCGCCUAGCACAGUAGAGCUCUGGUCCAUGGCAAGAUCUCCUCAGGCUACUAUAAUAUCAGUAAUAAGGAGCCCUCCCCACUCUUGCAUUCUCUGUGCCAAGACCAGCCACAAUCCCAAUCCCUGCACUCUCCUGAGUGCAAGGAUUGCUACCUGCUAACGUGCCCCUAGGGCAAUAUGUACUCCAAAGAAUCGUGGGCAAUAGACCCUACCACACAUGUUUCAGCAGAACUGGCCAGCCACAGAGGGGGCUGAACUUUGAACCCUCUCAAAGGAUGUAAAAAUAAACACAUUCCCUCUGCACACCUAGGCUCUAGGAAUCAUUGUGCCUUCGUGAUGCACAAUGCCUCUUGGUGUUCUUACUGCAGUGGGGCUCGCCACAGCACUCCUGAUGCAGAGCUAUGGUUAAAGGCACAAAAUAGCAGGAAGAGAAAAAAAAUUAAGAUUACUGAGCACUUUGGCCUACAGUUGUUGGCUUAGCAGGACCCUGAAUAAUAAGCAGAGACAGAUCACAACAUAAGCAUCUGAAAGAUGUAAAGAUGAUAGAACUAGCUAAGCACAUCACUGUUUGUUGUUCUGAGCAAAAUACUCUGGGCCUAAUUCACCUCUCACUUAAACUGGGACUUCAACUCCAACUGGUGUCAAUCGGAAGUAACUCUGCUGAUAUCAACACUGGAAUAAAACUGGUAUAAGUGAAAGUAGCGUGAAGCCUUGUAACUUGUGACAAUAUCUUCAUGUACGUUGCUCCGGAAAUAACAAAAAGUUGCUGUUGUGUAUUUACUAUAAAUCAAGAUAUUGUUAUGCAUAACUGUAUUCUACUGAGAGAGGAAA